AUGCCGGAGGCCUUGGAUUUAUGUGUGGCUUGCCGACAAGUACCCUCGUUGGUUAUAAGGAUGAACAGGAAGGAGUCGCUGUAUCAGCAUGCUGGUCGGAACGAUUCUCCACGCGUACCUAUGCUUUGGCCGUCAGCAAUGAGGGGGAAGUACGUCAAGGAAGCGUUGUUGUCGGAGCACCACAAACCCAUUAACUGCAGCAGCGCUUCGAGACUCGAGCUUGGCGCAUUCUUCGACAAGUCGAUCAUAUCGGUCAAAUGGUCACGGUCUCUUCAGAAAAUCAUAUUCAACGGCCUGUUCAACCAGCCGGCGGUGUGCCAAUUGAGGAUGUCGCGCGGCCGAAAUCAUUGCGGAUUCUUUCGUGGACCCUGUUUCAACCAAGCGAUUAAACGGGUCAAGUGGUCGCCACGCAUGAACCUAGACUUCGACCAGCCGAUCUCGAAAGCCGCAUGGCCGAAGGCGCUACAUCGGCUGACCUUUGGCGGCUCGUUCGACCGAGAGAUCGACCACGUCAAGUGGCCCAGCUUGCUUCAGGAGCUAGAAUUUGGUGACAAGUUCAACGACGGGGUCGAAAACAUGUCGUGGCCUGACCGGCUCAAGAAGCUGACCUUCGCGUGCAUGUUCGACCAGCCGAUCGAGCGUGUGACGUCGCCCGCUUGUCUCGAGGUGCUCGUCUUUCGAGAUUCCUUCAAUUAGCCGAUUGAAGGUGCCGGGUUUCCGAUUCGCUCAACAAGCUCACAUUGGGGCCCAAUUUCGAGCAGCCUUCGGACAACGUCUCAUGGCCGCAGGCGCUGCAACAUUUACAACUCGAAAACAUCUCCGAUGCGAUUCGUCCUGGAACCAACCAUGGUUUGGCCACCGUCGGUAUGAGUGACGAUAGGCGACGCAUCGGUUGCUGAUAUUUGUGAGAAGAGUGAAAGUAGUUCCGAGUCACCAGAUUAGACGAUGGAUGCCGCGGCCGAAGUGUUUUGAGGCAGCUAAUCUUCACAACUAUGUCCAUAAGGCAGAGGGAACUUGGUCGGAGCAUGGGGUCGACAGUGAAGGAAGGCGGGGAAGGGGUUCGACCAAAAUGUACCAGGGAGAAUGAUUGAAUGGAAGCAAAUUCCUUCCGCACAAACCCGUACAGUCUUUUAUUCAUCGAGGUGUCACAUUCUCAAUGAAUGACAUUGCGUCGAUUACCCUUGUAAUCCGUGACGCCUCUCUGUUGCUUGCAGUUUGUGGCUCGACUCUUUAAGACAACUUGUGCCUCGUCUGAAUACUCCAACAAUAGCAACAACAGGAGACACGACUUGCCAUCUUCCACUCAUUCCCAACACACACAUACCAGUUCACCGCUCUACAUGUAUCACUCUCAUUACCUUUCUCUCGCCGUCCCUCUCGCAGCCGAAUACAGACGCCAUCAUUAAAACUGCAAUAUCUUAUCGUUACCUACACAACGUGACUCAGUGCCGCCACCACCGCCAUCCAACGUCGUUUUUUCAGACAACGUAGCACGGCAGGAACUCCAACAACGCCAGUCACCAUCAGUUUCAUGUCAAAAUACGUCUCCCUCCAAGUGCUCAAGACCACUUGAUACGGAAGCAGUAAACGGUAGGUCAACCUGCACCGCACUCAAAGUACAGGAAACCCCGAUCAAGGACAAAGUAGUCACAGCCGCGUGUCAAGAGAAAAGCAUCCUCACCAAGAAUGGCGGCUGGGGUGUGGCACCCUACCCACCGUACCCAGGGCCGUAGGAAUACCCCGCCCAGCCUCCGGCAUGCCCCGCCGGUACCCUAGCGUUGGGCACCUAAGCACUCGCCGGAUAAUGGCCCCAUACUCCACCCAUCCCUUGCCCCGCUCCUAUUCUCGCGUACGCUGCGUGGCCGUAGUAAGUCGGACCACCACAAAUACCAGCACCAACACCAACAC